AUGCGAACAGAAGUUAAGAGGUCUUUCCAGUUUCAACCCAAAUACCCACCUCUAAAUCCCAACCAGCCAAUUCCCUACGCACGUAACGCGGCGAAACUUCGCACUCCGAGCUUUAACCAGAUUACGGCUCGUCGCUGUGUCUCAACCAACUUCCGGCGCUGGCAUAUGAUGCAUGGAGUCUCCGCCCCUUCCGCCCCAGGCGUGGCCGAGAACCCGGAUUGCACACAGGCGGCAAAGUUUGAACUUUUGUAUGGGAAAAGGACGAGACUCCUCUGGGAGAAGCCGGACCAGAGCCUGCGGAUCGCUGGGCGGCCGGCGGGGGCGUCGCGGAGCUGGAGGAAGGAGCGGCGCGGGGCGAGGCGGGGCGGCGCGGCGGCGCGUAGCGGUUACUCAGGGCGGGCAGUUCAAACUGAAGGAGGGAAUCUCGGCGGCCCCACGCGAACGUGGCGUGGGGGUUGCCAUAGCCGGGCAUCCCUGGGGGCGAGGCGGCGGCUCCUGCCUGACUCACCCAGCGGCGGCUGCCUGUCUCCCCUCCCGCCUGGCCCCGCGGCCCGGUCGGUGCGGGCGCGCCUCGGUCUCCAGAGAGGGGCCCCUAAGCCGGCCUCUUGCCCGCUCGCUCCGCUCCUGGUGACGCCCACCCGCCCUCGGCCUCUCGGUGGCGUUCUGGGCCCUGAGCCGUGGCGGCGGAACCGAGGCGACCCCGGGCCGCCGCCAGCCUGGCCUUGGGAAGGUCGGGGAGGGACGAGCGGGGCCAAAGGACGCCCUGGUGAGACCGUUAACCACCCACCCGCCGACAGCACCUUGGGGAAGUCAAUGACAGCGCUGCGGCUUACACUGCAUUUUCAAAAACCCGAUUUUGGGAAGAUUCCUCAGCAGACUGAAAGAUUUUCUUGUUUGGAAGCCCUCAUAACGACAUCUAAGAGCUCAAGAUUUACUGAUGAAACAGAGCUUUUGAAGAUGUCAGAGAGACAUUUAGGUCAGACUUGCCCUGGAGCAGAAAAUGAGGUGGACUCUCCUGUCAAUUUCACGUAUUCCAGCUUCAGAGGCUACUGUUCCACAUCUUCAUUUCAAGACAGUGGCUACAAUGAGUUGUUACAGCCUUGCAACAAUGAGAAUACAGGUAAAGAAUUUUUUGGAAAGAAAGGAAAAGGCCCACCAUUAAUCCAUGAACAUACUGAAACUUCAGAUCUGGGCUUGACUCAUCCUUUAGAAUCUCCAACUCAAAAAAAGAGAGGUGUCUUUUCUAGGAAGGAAAAGGAGAAAAGCCCCAAACUUUGUGAAACUCCUAAACUCAGUGGGAAAAAAUUUUUGCAGCGCAGAAGGUUGGACAUAUCUUUCUCUCUUCUAACAGGGGACUUUGAAUCACAAAAUAGUUCUCUAGAAAGUAGUAUGAACCAAGUCCUCAACUUAGAAAAAAAUAUUCCAAGCCAUGUUUCAGGUCUUCCACGGCAAAACAGUUUUAGUCCUUUAGUUACUAGUACUUUGAAGACAGAAGAAGCAACCUCUAGCAGUCAAAAAUUGAGACUUAAUUUUUCUCAACAGAAGACUUCCACAGUUGAUGAUUCCAAAGAUGACUGUAGCCUGUUUGAAGUUGAAUGUCUAUCUCCAAUUCAGGGCAAUAGUUUUAGAGACUCUAUCACAUAUGACCUUAGUGAUAGCAGUCUGUUUGUUAAUGAUGAGAAUACAUAUCCCAAACCUCUGGGCUCCUCUGUUAGUGCAACAACUUGUGGGACAGAUGAGGACAUACGUGUGACUCCAAUAAGUAAUCUUGUAGCAAACAUUAAAUUUAAUGCAAGUCAAAGGCUCUCCCCUUCAACUAAAGUGAGGGGCAAUAUUUCAACACCUGAAGACAGUGGUUUUAACUCACUUUGCUUGGAAAAAUCAGAAGAUUCCCUCUCUGACCAGGAGGGUUCUUUUCAAGAACUUCAGAAACAUAAGGGAACUGUCAGAGUGGAGAGUACCAUAAAAAAGUCAAGGCAUCUUAGAAGGCUGAGAAGAUUGUCCACCCUGGAGGAGCAUGGCUCACAAUCUGAGACAGAAGGGGAAAAGCAGACUGACCACUCUGACUCUAAAACAACACCAGCAGCUGCCUCAGACCACUCAGAGAGUCAGCUGAGCAGUGACACUAAGAUGUUAAGCUUUAAGAAUUUAUCAAAGACCCCAGCCUUGCAGUUAGUGCACGAGCUCUUCAUGAGAAACAAAAGAAAAAGAUUCCAGCAGAAUGGUGCACAUGAAUUCUUAGAAGAAAGGGAUGGGGGGCAAAUAGCCGUGCUACAGUGUGUACUUACAGGACUGAUUGGCAAGAAAAUGGGUAUAGAGAAACUGGACGUCUUAACAGAAUUAAAAUAUAGAAAUUUAAAGCAUAUUCUUGCUAUGGUUUUAGAUUCCUUGACUGCAGAAAGCCUAUUCAGUGUUUGGAAAGUAAGCAGAAAUUGGCGUGAAAUUAUUGUUCAAGAUAAAAAUGCAAAUCGGAGGAGGAAAUUUUACAUCUCACAACUGAAAACAGAUUCUGAGGGGGCUCUAUUAAAUGUUGAGGACGCUGCCACUAGGCUCCAUCUUUUAAACCGAUCAGCUUUAAGAUCUGUACAAGCUCAGGCUAGGAUGCCAGGUUUUCAGAAAGAACAAGUUUCAACACGUUCUCCUUGGGGAGAAGUUUUGACACCUGUAGCAAGCUCUUCUGUUACUCACUUAAGUAGUAAACAGGAAGAAUAUGUUAAGGUUGCCAAAACACUUUUUAUUGAUGAAGCAUUAAAACCUUGCCCGAGGUGCCAAUCCCCUGCUAAGUACCAGCCAUAUAAGAAAAGGGGACUCUGUAGCCGCACAGCCUGUGGUUUUGACUUUUGUGUGUUAUGUUUGUGUGCUUAUCAUGGGUCUGAAGAGUGUAGCAGAGGAGCAGCAAAGCCAAGAAAUAGAAAAGAUGCUCUUCCAGGAAGUGCCCAGAGUAAGCGGAAUUUAAAACGCCUUUAAAGAGACUUUAAAUAUAAAAGAAGCAUUCCCUCUAAACAACGUUUUGUCUGACUUAAAAUUAUGAAUAUUUUGAAAGUAUGCAAAUUUUCCCAUUAAUGACAGAUGAUGAUUUAUUUCCUAUUUUGUAUAUAUCAUAAUCCAUGUCUGUUUUCUUUAAAGUAUUUUACUGUGUCAUAUUUACCCAUUUUAAUAACAGUGUUUUUAAAUAAAGAAUUUUUAAUGUUAUCAUAUGUAUGUAUUUAACUGUUUCACGUAACCUUUAAAAAUUGUGCAUUUCAUCACUAUGUGUUGAAAUGUUCUUCGAUCACUUUUUAAAAAUAGUUUUCCAAAUAAUAUUACAAAUUUUGAACUUGAGACAGAUGGCCUUAUAGAUUUGGAAAAUGAGUAUCUGAAAUGAAAUAUAAAUAAAAUGUUUUCAGAAGUUCUAUUGAAUUUACUCAAUAAUUUCAAUCUUUCAAUUUAGUGUCAUAUUUGAGCAGACUUCUGGUUAAAGAAAAUUUACUUCAUAUUGAUUUCUAAGAAGACAUGAAAAGUAAAUUAUUAGACAUGUGAUUAUUCACAAUGAGAAUCUUAGUAAAGUCAUGCAUUUCACAUAAGUAUUUUCUAAAAUUCCAGAGCUAUAAGGGUGCCUGGGUAGCUCAGUCGGCUAAGUGUCCAACUCUUGACUUUGGCUUAGGUCAUGAUCUCACAGUUCGGGUCGUGAGUUUAAGCCCCACAUCGGGCCCUGAGGUUGGCAGCAUGGAUCCUGCCUGGGAUUCUGUCUCCCUGUCUCUGUCCCUCCCCUGCUUGCUCUCUAUCUCUCCAAGUAAAUAAAAAUAAACGUAAAAAUUCCAGAACUAUAAUCACAGAUUCCACUUGUUUUAUCUAGGCUGGGUAUCAGUAUUGUGACAAAUUCGGACUAGUUGGACAAGAUUGGGUUUUUUUAAUAAUCAGAUUUACUAAAUUGUUUAUAAUGUACCUCUUUCCAAAAAUGGUUUGAGGUGGGAUGUUCCAUUUGUAGAAUAGCAACAAGAAAGAGGUAAGUUCUGUUGUUGAACAAAUUACUAAGACGAGGGGGAAAUUUGAGUAUAGUGUCACAGUUUCUUUGUCUUUAGGUAACUGAUGUGUGUAUAUGUCUGUGUACACACUCUACACAGAGAUGUAAAAUGUAGCUCUUCUUACGCAUUAUUUUAAUAAGACGAUUUUAAAGUGUGAAUUAGAAAGAGAGAUAUUUGCAAAAAUCUGUUCUAAAUUUUAAUUUGUUGUUUAACUCACUAAAAAAAUUAACUUCUAAAUAUUAAGUUUUAUCUAUAACCCUUCUAAUUCCACAAAGAAUGUUUGGAGGCUAAAUAUAAAUAUAAGUAAAUUGUCACUUGUCUUUAAUAAGUUACACAGUCCAUGAAUUUUAUAUCACAUUUUCUGACUGAUGUGAAUCGAGUUUAGUUUUCAGUGUCUAUGUAAUUUCCUGAGAUAUCUUCCACAUCAGGAUCAAUAUACUUAUUAACAUCAUUUAAUUAACCUCAUUGAAUUUUCUUUGUGUUU